CGAAAAAUGAUUGGCUAGUGCUCUCCCUGUAGUUACCCGGAUGAAGAUUGGCUAUAAAUACUGGACCAUUGUAGGCGUGGGGGUUGUAGUCCAAACCGAUAGUCAGUGCUCGGUAGCAGGAAACCCGAUUUGUGUUGCAGCUUCAGGAAAUUAUUUGUGAAUUUUAAACAUGGCUGGUGGAAAGGCAGGUAAAGACUCUGGGAAGACCAAGACUAAGGCUAUUUCGCGCUCCCAAAGAGCAGGACUGCAGUUUCCAGUGGGUCGUAUCCACAGACACCUGAAGUCCAGAACCACCAGCCACGGCAGAGUGGGAGCCACUGCAGCCGUGUACAGCGCGGCUAUCCUCGAAUACCUCACGGCUGAGGUUCUGGAGUUGGCAGGAAAUGCAUCAAAGGAUCUUAAGGUGAAGCGUAUUACCCCCCGCCACUUGCAGCUGGCCAUUAGAGGAGAUGAAGAGCUGGAUUCACUGAUCAAGGCCACUAUUGCUGGUGGAGGUGUGAUUCCUCACAUCCACAAGUCUCUGAUUGGAAAGAAGGGCCAGCAGAAGACCGUAUAACCUGAAGUGCUCCGGAAGUCAAGCCACCUCAGGACGAAGUUUGCAUCAAGUGGUUAAAUGUCUUAGAUUAGAAACACCUUUAAGAGUUAUUUGUAUGGUUGGGCUUACAUUUACUCACCUGGGGUAUUUUUAAAAAGUGGCUUCAGAGAAGCUCAUUUUUGUUGUUUGGCUUUUUUUUUGUUCUCCUGUUGCUGCAGUUGUGUUAAACCUCGCUUUGGUGGCAUUCCCAUGUUUUAAAGUGUUUUAAUAAAGCUCUUAUUGGGUGAUUGCAGUAUGUUUUCAGUUCUUUCAUUUUCAUGAGCUCGUUUCUGAUGUUAUACAGGCUGAGGUGGUAUUAAUCUAGACCAGUUUAAAGGAUUAACAUUGAACAACCACAGCCUGCAAUUAUCAAGAAUUGUGUCAUGAUUGGAGCCACCUUAAGCUCACAAACCAUUUGUUUCUGCCCUGUGUUCUUGCAUGAAUUGCUCGGCAGGUUUUGUCACUUAACCACUGGACUAACACACUUUGGAUAUCCUGUUGUCAUUUUGGAUUCUGAAUAAAGACUGGACUGGCACAGUCUGAUUGUUUUUCAUAC